GUCAUGUGAGAGAUGGAACGAGUGGAGCUGCUCCUUCUGCCUCUGCUGCUGCUCGGUGCUGCGGGGAGACUGAAACAGGCGGAGGGCUGCGGAGAACAGAGCUGCCCUCAAGCCCCCGAUGGCUUUCUGAAUGUGCAUCUCAUCCCUCACACUCACAAUGACGUGGGCUGGCUGAAGACUGUGGAUCAGUAUUACUAUGGAGCCCAUAAUGACAUCCAGCAUGCUGGGGUGCAGUACAUCCUGGACUCGGUGGUUUCGCAGCUCCUCCAUGACCCCAGUAAACGGUUUAUUUACGUGGAAUCUGCGUUCUUCUGGCGCUGGUGGAAGCAGCAGGAUGAGCUGGUGAGGAGAGACGUUACCCGCCUUGUAGAAGAGGGGCGCUUGGAGUUUAUAAAUGGGGGCUGGUCUAUGAACGAUGAAGCCGCCACACACUACAGUUCCAUUAUCGACCAGAUGACCCUAGGGUUGCAGUUCUUGAAGUCCACGUUUGGGGAUUGUGGCAGGCCACGCGUGGCUUGGCAUAUUGAUCCCUUUGGCCACUCCAGGGAGCAGGCCUUGCUGUUUGCACAGAUGGGCUACGAUGGCUUCUUUUUUGGCCGAUUGGAUUAUCAAGACAAGGCCAACAGAGAGAAGACCAAGCAGAUGGAGAUGCUAUGGAGAGCAAGUGAUGACAUUUCCCCGCCCUAUGCUGACCUGUUCACCGGGGUCCUGCCCAAUGGCUACAACCCUCCUGAUGGCUUUUGUUGGGAUCAGCUCUGUGACGAUACACCAAUUAUUGAUGAUCCAUCUGUAGAAGAUUAUAAUGCAGACGUUAUUGUGCAGAAAUUUCUUAAGGCAGCCACACAGCAGGCACAGAAGUACCUCUCCAGUCAUAUUGUCAUGACAAUGGGCUCUGAUUUUCAGUAUGAAAAUGCCAUUAUGUGGUUCAAGAACAUGGACAGGCUGAUUAAAAACGUAAACAUGCAGCAAAUUAACGGCAGCAAAGUGAACGUCUUCUAUUCCACCCCGAGCUGUUACCUGCAGUCGCUGCACAGAGCCAACCUCACCUGGCCAAUGAAGAUGGAUGAUUUUUUCCCAUAUGCUGACGGCCCCCACAUGUUCUGGACAGGAUAUUUCACCAGCCGCCCGGCCUUUAAAGGGUACGAAAGGCUGAGCAACAACUUCCUUCAAGUCUGCAAUCAGAUGGAGGCUUUAUCAGGACUGGAAGCAAGAAAUGGACCCUACGGACAAAGUAGCAGUACUGUUAUGAGACGAGCAAUGGGUGUAGCGCAGCAUCACGACGCUGUGACUGGAACGGCGAAACAGCACGUGAAUAAUGACUACUCCCUGCGCCUGUCUGAGGGGUGGGACAGCUGCCAGGUGGUGAUCAGCAACUCUCUGUCCAGCCUGACUGGGACCAAGGAAAACUUUGCCUUCUGCAAUCUGCUUAAUAUCAGUGUGUGUCAUGUGACGGAGACAGCCAAUAACUUCAAAGUGUACCUGUACAACCCCCUUGGGCGCAGCGUCACAUGGACUGUUCGGCUUCCUGUUAAUGGCCACGCUUACAAAGUUAUCGGCCCCAAUGAUGAAACUGUACCCAGUGAGGUAGUAGAUGUGUCUGACUUCACAAAGGCACUGCGUUUCCAACAAGGGGGAGCUGAAAGAGAGCUAAUAUUCCAGGGUCAGAUACCAGCCGUGGGGUUCAGCAGCUUUACAGUAGGGAAACUGUCCCUGCCAGACCGCUUUGUCAUCAAGGGCAAAAGAGGCAAAAAGCAACCGGAUAAAAUCCAAAACCAGUAUUAUAGGGUUGACUUUGACCCAGAAACAGGAUUGAUCAGUGGAAUUCACAACCUGGAAAAAAAGAUCUCCUUGCCCCUAAAACAGAGUUUUUACUGGUAUAAUGCCAGCGUUGGGAAUGAGGAGAGUUCCCAGCCGUCGGGCGCUUAUAUCUUCAGGCCAAACAACUCAGACUCCGUGCCUGUGUCACAACAUGUCCGCAGUUACCUAGUGCAGAAUUCCCUGGUGCAGGAAGUGCAUCAGAACUUCUCUUCCUGGUGUUCUCAAGUUGUCCGCCUGUACAGGGAUCAGAGAUACAUUGAGCUGGAGUGGACAGUUGGCCCCGUUCCCAUUGGAGACGAGUGGGGGAAGGAAGUGAUCAGUUUGAUUGAGACUAAUCUGAAGACCGAUGGAGUUUUCUAUACGGACUCCAACGGCAGACAGAUCCUGAAAAGAAGGAGGGAUUCACGUGAAACGUGGAAACUUAACCAAACAGAGCCUAUUGCUGGGAAUUACUAUCCUGUGAACAGCCGGAUUUAUAUAAAGGGUAAAAACACUCAGGUCACAGUCCUUACAGACAGAUCGCAGGGUGGAUCCAGCAUCCGAGAUGGUUCCCUAGAGCUAAUGGUUCACCGGCGCCUUCUGCGUGAUGAUUACCGUGGAGUUGGGGAGCCGCUGCUUGAGAAUGGGCUUCUUGGGGAGGGGAUAGUGGUGAGGGGGAGGCAUUUACUGCUCCUGGAUCAUGCUGACGAAGCAGCCGAUACACACAGGACCCUCGCCCUGCAGCAAUAUAUGUCCCCACAAGUUGUUCUCUCCUCUGGAGAUGGGAUUCCCUACAGCCAAAGUGGAACCCCCAAGAGAAAGUUCUCAGCACUAAAUGGAGAGCUGCCCCAGAAUGGCCACCUACUCACAUUUGCCAUGCAUGCCGCUGAUAAGAUCCUACUGAGACUGGAACACCCAUUCCAGAGCCAGGAGAGCAAGAACAAUUCUCAGCCAAUCACCAUCAACCUAAAUACACUGUUUUCCUCCGUCUCUCUGUCUAACUUUGAAGAAACCACACUAGGUGCAAAUAUGGAAAAGAGCCGGCUGAAGCGGCUACAGUGGAGAACCAGAACAGGGUCCCCCCUACAGAUGGACUCUCCCCGUGCCCCCGUUGUGGACCCGUCCAACAUCACUCUCUCCCCUAUGGAGAUCCGCACAUUCCUGGCUAACGUACGGUACAAGGCUGCCCUGCAUGGCCGGUAACAAGACUUGGGGGGCCCUGCCAUGGGGCACAGGGAACCCCACUUUAAACAGCUGCCUUUGCCCCUUGCCUUAUUUUUGUGUCUCUCUCACUGCUCCUUUCUUGAUGCACAGAUUUGGUUUAAAAGAAAUCAAUAAACACUUUUUUUAAAAACGA